AUGGCAUCCAAAUCACUCGCUAUUAUUGCAGGCGUUGGCCCCGGCACGGGCGCAUCAAUCGCAAGGAAGUUCGCCAAAUCUUAUUCUGUGGUGGUUCUCGCUCGAAACCCAGACAAUUAUGACCCAGUGGUCCAAGAAAUUAAUUCAAGCGGGGGUCAAGCCUUCGGCAUCCCCACCGAUGUCUCCGACUCCAAGAGUGUGCACGCCGCAUUUGACAAGAUUGCAGAGCAGUACCCAUCUCAAAAGGUAGCUGCUGCUGUCUUCAACCCCGGUGGCGGUUUUGUUCGCAAGCCAUUCCUCGAGCUGACGGAAGCGGACUAUGCAACCGCACUUGCCUCUCAAGGACAAGGUGCUUUUAAUUUUGCCCAGCGAUCUAUUCCGCUACUUCUGGCAGCCCGUGAGGCGUCGGAAUACCCACCGACUCUCAUCUUCACUGGAGCCACCGCUAGUCUCAAGGGCUCGGCUAACUUCGCAGCAUUUGCCUCGGGCAAGUUUGCGUUGCGUGCACUGGCGCAAUCACUGGCUCGUGAAUUCGGGCCGCAGGGGCUUCAUGUUUCACACACUAUCAUCGACGGUGUGAUUGAUAUUCCCAGGACCAAGGCCUGGGUGUUUGAACAUGAGGAUGCAAAAUUAAACCCGGACGCAAUUGCGGAUUCGUAUUGGCAUUUGCAUACUCAGCCGCGUACUACCUUUGCAUUUGAGCUUGAUCUGAGACCAUAUAUCGAGAAGUGGUAA